UUCAUCCCUGCCAUUCGCCGAGCACGCGUCUAAACGCCGUCGCGCGAGCGCCGUCCCCCCCAGCCCCCCGUUCGCGAGAUUUCCCGCGUGACGGUUGCGUCUCACUAGAAUAAUUACACACGUCCGUCUCCAGUUUUCACCGUCUCUCGCUCGGAGUUGAUAUUUUUGUUACUUGUUACUUGUUUUUAUUUCGUUUUUCGUUUUACGUUUUUUUUUACCAUACAUUAUUAUAGUUAAUACGACUGCUACUACCACGAUCACCACUAUUACUACUACUGAUACUGUUACUAUCACUAUAUCACUACUUCGACUACCGUACACCAUAAGCUACACGACCACGCGAUCCAAAUUUAAUAACGUCGUUUGUCAUUGGAUAGUCGAUCCGACAACAGUACGCCGCCGUCGUGGUUUCGCGGGAAAACAAAAUUAUUGAACUCUUGAAAGUGUGUUUGUUGGUGUUUAUUUUUUCUGUUUCGGAUAGUUUAUUAUCGUUCGAACGACACGACCGGUACCGAAAAGUUGGUUUUAAAUACCGUUAAUACGAAAGAUUUCGUGAUCGCCUUGUGUGCACACCUAUGAGGACGCGGUUGGGACCCCGACUGUUGGUCGCGGACCUGAAACCGGUUUCGCACUGGAUGGAAACGGCCUCAGUGCCAUAAACGCCACCAUAACUCAGAUUGAAGACGAUUUAGCAACAUAUGUUGGCGCCGGUUCCAAGGUGAAAGACAUGACAGCAGUAAAUACUCAGGGGUUGCCCGGGAUCCGCGUGCCGUUGAAAAGCAGCUAUGCGUCGGCCAUGCCCCAGCAGACGGCCGUGUUUAUGUACAGCACCGCUGGCCCGGACGGACAGACAGUCACGUUGCAGCUGCGCGAGACAGACGAGACCAUCGAGCUGCCAGCGUCCAUGCUCUCAAAAAUGUCCCGGCAAACGGAUACGGCCACGCUGUCCAUCAGCUACCAGGACUCGGCGGAAGUGCUUACUGACGGCACCAUCGACCUGCUUCUGGCCACCACACCGCUCCAUUCUUCCGGUGAUGGCCAAAGUACAGAUUCACCAGGUUUCGAGCUUUUCGAUUCAGAUAACGGCCACGAUCUCACGCUAUCACCACAAACUUUUACUGCUAAUACCACAGCUGAGUCUUUUCUAGUCAACGACAACUCAAACAGCAUAGGCAUACCCGUCAAUGAGUCUGAUACAGUUGGAAGCUCAGAAGACGUUAAGUCAGCAGAUUUAAACAAGUUAAAUAUGUCGAGGCGGUCAAAACCGGUGGCGAAAGCUAUGUCUCCCAACAGACAGGGUCCCCAGCAGUGUAUCACCUGCGGGAAAGUGUUUGGGAACGCGUCUGCACUGGCCAAACACAAGUUGACACAUAGCGAUGAAAGGAAGUACGUGUGCAACGUUUGCAGCAAAGCUUUCAAAAGACAGGACCACUUGAACGGGCACAUGCUGACACAUCGGCACAAAAAGCCGUUUGAAUGCAAGGCCAACGGAUGCGGCAAGUCGUACUGCGACGCGCGGUCACUGCGCCGGCACACGGAGAACCAUCACCACCACCGGCCGUCUUCCAACCAGGGCUCGCCGCCCGCAUCGCCGUCCUCGUCCACAAGUUCUGGUUGCAUACAAUACGCGCCGGCACCAAUGCCGUCGCCGCCCGGCACGUCCGCGGCCGCUACGUCCACCACGGUGGCCACCGGCGCGCCGUCUUCAUCAUCGUCGUCGUCGUCGUCGUCGUCGUCCGCGUCCGCGUCGUCCACGUCGACCACGUCCGCUUCCGCGUCCACCACGGCAGCGUUCGGCUCUAUGUCAGCCAUUUCGGUUUCGGCGUCAUCGUCGUCGUCGUCGUCGUCGUCAUCGCCGUCGACGACAACCACAUCUGCCACGUCACACCAACAACAACAGCCACACGAGGCGACGCCCAGUCAGCUGCAAAAGCUGCUCAGCGCCGAACCGCUGUCAUCGACCAGCAGCAGCGGCGGUGGUGGCGGCGGCAGCGGAAGAGCACUUUUGGCAAAGAAUGGCCAACCGGAAACGAGAAAUGCGACAGACAACGAAGACAGUUUUACAAAACAGCAAUUUGAUAUUAUUCAACAGAUUAUGCAUCACACUCAACAACAAAUAGCGUCAUCAACUGUUUCAAAAAAUUCGAACUUGAAGAAUUCGUCCAACGCAAAAAAUUGGAACAGCCAACAGACCUCAAACGGCCCAACAGACUCUGCAAACAACAAACAACAGCACUCACAACCCGCCGCCGUUGCAGUGCAACCUAAACCAGAACAAAAGCCCGUGGAAUGUAACCUGUGCCAUCGAAAGUUUAAAAACGUACCAGCUCUAAAUGGACACAUGAGGCUGCACGGAGGAUACUUCAAAAAGGAAACUGAUUCAAAAAAAUGGGAAAAAAAAGAAGCAUCAGGUCCACCCUUACAGACAGCCAGCAUGAGUGUCAGAGCUUUAAUCGAAGAAAAAAUCAUACAAAAAAGGACCACAAAACCAAAUUGUCCAAAUCAAAACGGACUAACAUAUUCAAGCUUGAGCCGCGAGAAGGAAACGGUGGUGCAGCAAGUGGUGAGCAGGAGCACAGCGGUGCACGCAGUGAUGACUACCAGCGGUACGUCGUUCGCGGUUCCAGCGGUUCCAAACACUACUUCCGUGGUGGACACGACAGUGGGCUUGGCCGACUCUACGGCCGUAGUGUACACGGACGUAAUACUAAAAAAGACCGGUGUGAAAAGGGCAUGCUCGGAUCCGGGAUACCAGUUCAGUCACAGCAGCACCAGCCCGCAAAUAGAUAUUAAUUACUCCGGUUCACCGUACACACUGAAUCACGGAAACAGUGGCGGUGGCGGCGAAAAGGAAACCGAUAACCGGGGCUAUUAUUCGCCGGGACUCAACGACGAUAUAUUUCCUAACGUACAAGCCGAAACUAUGCUCUUACAGGCCGUCGACUCCGUGCAGCUGGCCAACACGAUACAGGCGACGGACAUGCAAGACAUGUCGUGUUUAGAUGAUUACGAUGGUAUGACCGAUCUUCAAAACAAUGAAGAUUUCCAAGCCGUAUUAAACUCUCCACUAUCAGCUAGCUUAGCUGAUCUAGCGUACAGUUCAGGACAAACCAUGUUUACAGAUUUAGGUAGAUCACCUCUUCCAUCCCCAAGUUUUACCUAUCCUACUCCACCGGCUAGUCAAGAGGGUCAAUCUCCUUCGCUAAAUUUUCAUUCGGUUAUGUCAAACGGCCACCUUGGUGACUUUUUUUAUUCGUCUGACAUGUCAAGUUCAGAAGCUGUUGAAGCAGCUUUAAGUGAAGUGUUGCCAAAUUUCGAGUCUUCUACAGAUUCGCCACUAUCAGCCAAUACACCCGUUUCAUCGCCGAUGUCAAUACAUAAUUCAUCCGCUGCACCGUCACCAUUACCUAACCAUCAUCAACACACAUUACAGGUAAUGAUGCCAAAUUCAGAAGACCCAUUAUUAUCCAGCAACCCUAAGGAGUUUAGGAAGAAAUUCGAUUACCAAACAUGUCGCUUAUACGGGGUCAAUGGAACCAUGGCCCAAGUUAUUGACGGCAGUCAAUUUUUAAUUGACAAAAAUGGAGAUUUAAAAUUAGUCCAAGCCAGUUACCAAAAUCCUGGAACCAUGUUCGUACAAACAGAAGCCCAGUUGAUCGAAAAACAUAUACCAGUUAUCAAACAACAAAAACCAGACAAUAAUCAAAACUUUGAAGAUUUAGAUGACAUUUUCCUAAAUCCGUCAAGUAUUCCGCCAAAUGUUACAAAUCGAUUAAACAGAAAACGCUGUUUUGGAGAAACUAUGACGUACAAACCGUUCCGAUCCAGAUUGCGUAGUCAUAGACUUGGUAUGUUAAAUGAACCAACAUUGCAAUUCACUCCAAAACCUAUGUUGAGUCCUUCUAGAAACGGAAGAGGUCUUUAUUGGCAAGCAGUGACUUCGUGGCCAAGCUCUUCAACUGUCAAAGAGGUUAUUGUUGAAGAUUGUGUAGGACUAGAUUCACCACCAGAGUGUGAUGUAUUACCACACAUUAAUCUUGGUCCAAAUUUCCAAGCUUUAAUACCACCAGUAAGCAAAAUCAGACCAAUUCGAGAGCCAUCUAGUGAUUAUUUAUUAUGGGACCCUUGUAUUACAAAUUCAGUUUCUGAUCGAGAAGUUGAAAUGUACAUGGACUUUGCAUGCUGUGCAGCAGUACCAGGUGGUGGAAGAAACAAAGAGUAUGCUUUACAUUUGCUACAUCUUUGCAAAGGAAAUGUUCAGGAAGCAAUGUUAAAAUUGAUGCAGCCAACUCCGUAUCUCCCACAAGGACAUCCUUUGAUGAAAUUUGAAUACACAGAAUCUGAUCACUGGACCCCAAAUGAAGUAUCUAUGUUUCACAAAGCUAUAUUCAAAUAUGACAAAGAUUUUGCAUUUAUAUCAAAAGAGUUGGGAACGAAAACUAUGAAACAAUGCAUACAAUUUUAUUAUUUGUGGAAAAAAGUUUGUCCGGAAGACUAUAAACAGUUUCAAUUCCAAAGACGAAAGUCGAGGAAUGAAGAUGCAAUGGUCAAUCCGAAAUUAGACAUUCCUGCUAACGACCUUAUGGUCACCACCAGUUCGGAGGACCAACAAACUUUCGUUUGCGAAUUCUCAGACUGUUUGUCGACAUUCAGCAACAAAAUAGGAUUAGCAGCUCAUAUGAGGCUACAUACUAAUGGAACUCCAGAUCGAAGGCAAACCUUGACACCAACACAUAUUGAUCCGAAUUACGAAGAAUUCCCUUGCAAGAUCUGUGGAAAGAUAUUUACCAAAGUAAAGAGUCGAAGUGCCCAUAUGAAAUCGCACAGACCUCCUGACGCAGAACCAAAGAAACCAAAAUUGGACCAGACGGUCGAUUACGGUCAAAUGAUGCAACUUAAGACGGUUGCAACGCCAAUUCAGUUACAUAGACAAUGCUAAGUGAACGCAAAACCACAUUCAAAGUAAAGCUCAAUUUUAAACAGAGCUCGUACAAUCAAUUAAAAACCUAUUUCCGGGGUUCUUACUCUAUAAAAUGUCCAAGCAAUAUACAUAAAUAUAAUAUUAAUAAUAAUAUAUACAUAAAUACGUGUAUACGUAUCACUAAAAAUAUUACUAUGCAAAAGUUCUUCCUCGAUGAAUACUAUAGCAUUUAAAUAAGCAAUAAUCAUCAUUUCUUGGACAAUAAUAAAGUCAAACAAUAAAUUGUGCCAAUCAAAUUCACGCUAGAAUCAAAAUGCUCAGUACGAAACAUUACAACUUUCUUUAGUCUCUAAGCUUUUGAAAACUAAAAACCAAAAUUCGUCAAUUAACACAUAAUGUGGUAAAAAUAAUUUCAAAUGUAUGUGUAUGUGUGCGUGUGUGUGAGUGUCCUUGUGUAUAUAAAAUAUAGUGUACAUUUCUAACCAGUAAAAUAUAUACGUAAUACAAUUUUAAAACACUCAUUUGAGACACGAAUUUGGUACUUGAAAAAAAAAUUUAAGUUAUAAACUCAUCAUGUUAUUAAUAUAUAAUAAUUAUAGUGCCAAAUAAGAAUAUUUUCCCCUUUGUAUUUUUAUAUCCUGUUAAUAUAAUUUUGUGAAUAUUUAAAAAAAAAUACAAAGAAAAACAUUAUCAAGUCGAUGCUCAAAUUCUUUGACUUACAUUUUGUAAACUAAUAUUUAGUUCCAGUCUUCCCUUUCCAAAAUAAAAAUCCGAAAUUCAAAUAGUAGUGAAUAGCUAUAUUAUUGCUGUUAUUUAUCUUAAGUGAAUGUAAAUGAAUACACAUAAAUAUUUAAUAUUUAUUACUUUACGAUUAAAUCAAUGAUUUAAACUUAUAUUGAUGAUAACAUUGGUUCACAAAAGUGUUAUAAUACAGGCGCUAGUCUUCAUGCAUGUUUUUGAAGCGUAGAUAAAUAUAUACAUGUAUACAUGCAUAUAUAUACAUAUAAAUACGCGUCGCUUUUAUGUUAUAUAUAAUUCAUAUAAAAAUGUAUAUUUGAGAUGUUAGUGAUUAGGUAGUGGUAUAGUAUAAAAAGGUUUACUCUGCGCCUUUUUAUUGCGCUACUUGAGGGUUUUUUUAAUGUUAUUUGUUGCCAGUAUUGAUUUUUGUUAUGUUUAUUUACAUUGAAGGGAGCAAUUUUACAUCACUCCUUCUAUCCCUCCCCAAAAUGCCCUUUUUUCAUCCGGUCCCAAGCGUUGCCGGUACAUUCCAUCCUUUCCCCCACGUUCGAAUUUUCCGGCUAAACAUUGUGCGCCCACCAAAGGGUAAUGAUAAUAAUUAAAGGAAAUAACGCUAAAAGAAAUUGUUAUAGUUAUUUUAGAUAAGAGUUAUACGAGAUUUAAAAUUUAAAUUAUAUUUAAUGAAUAUAAUUAUCUUAAAUUAUUUAAUAGAAAAAAAAUAUUUAAAAUAUUUUAGUACAUUCUUAAUAUAUUAUUAUGGUAAAUUUUUAGUAUAGGUCUAAGUUAUUAUGUGUUUAGAAUGUUCGUUGUUGUUUUGGGCUCGAAAGUUAAAGGAAAAAGUUAUUGUAAUUUUUUUUUCGUUUUUAGUUAAUUUACUGGCUAACUAAUUGUACAUCAGUACAUCUAUGCAAUAAGUA